UCUAUGGUGUGGCGUUUUUCUGCCGUAAAAAGCCAGACUCACUUGAGAAACAGUUCGGACAUCAAGCGGUUCUGUAUCAAAAGCGGCUUGAGAUCCCUGUGUCCCGGACGUCUCCACUGUCAUCGUCUCCAGCAUCCUCUUGGUUUUUAAGAACCUUUCCAUUCGCCUGAAGCAACCUGUCCUGUCUUUUCUGUUUAAGGUCGGGUGUCUGUUGUAUAUCCCUAGCGUCCGACUCAUUGAAGAAGAACUCCUCGUCCAAUUUGAGCUACAAGGAGCAGAGUUUACACAGGAAAAUUUCCCCUCUCACUGGCAAUUGGAUGGGAAGAAAGAAAGCCUUUGACCUUGGAAAAUGAAAAUGUUGUUGCCAUGGGAACUGUUAAUCCUUCUGUCACUCACGGACUGCCUUGCUGAGAGAAGCGCACGCCAUGGACCUGUCUUCACUCAAGAACCAAGUGACAGCGUUUUCCCCCUGAGGUCUGAGGACAACAAGGUGUUCAUCAAUUGUAAAGCAAAAGGGAACCCAGUCCCACAUUAUAAAUGGAAGGUUGAUGGGGGAUAUAUUGACAUGGAUUUGAACUACAACCUGGUUGAAGGAAACCUGUUGAUCAAUCACCCCCAUGCAACACAUCACGGGGGCGUUUACCAGUGUAUUGCUACCAACGUCUUUGGGACCAUCGUCAGCAGGGAGGCCAAGGUUCAGUUUGCAUAUCUGCAGAACUUCAGCAGAAAGUCCAGGAACACAGUGUCAGUGAGAGAAGGCCAGGCUGUGGUGCUGCUAUGUGGCCCUCCACCCCAUAAUGGAGAGAUCAAAUACUCGUGGGUUUUCAACGGACGCCCAAGUUUCCUGCUGCAGGAUACCCGUCGCUUCGUCUCCCAGAGGACCGGCAACCUGUACAUCGCCAAGGUGGAGGCCUCCGAUGUGGGGAACUACACGUGUGUGGUGAGGAACAUGAUGACCAACGCCACCGCGUACAGCUCGCCCACCCCCGUGGUGCUGCGCAGGGACGCUGUAAUGGGAGAGUAUGAGCCAAAGAUUGAAGUUCAGUUCCCCGAAAGUCUUCAUGUCACCAAAGGAUCAUCAGUGAAACUGGAAUGUUUCGCCUUAGGAAACCCAGUGCCUUCCAUCACAUGGAGGAGAACAGAUGGGAAUCCCCUCCCUGGCAAGAUCAAAAUCAAUCAUUCCAACGGGGUCCUGGAAAUACCAUAUUUCAGACCGGAGGAUGCUGGUGUAUAUGAGUGUGUUGCAGAGAACUCCAGAGGAAGAAAUGUUGCCAAAGGACAACUCGUAUUCCAGAGUGUUGAACAUCUGCAUUGGGUCCAGACGUUGAAAGAUGUUCAUAUGGCCAUCGAGGCUAAUCUCCAGUGGGAGUGCAAGGCGAGCGGUAAGCCUAAACCUGUGUACAGAUGGCUGAAGAACGGGGAGCCCUUGGUGCUGGAGGACAGGAUACUGGUAGAAGGUGGGCGAUUGGCCAUCCCCAGGAUCAACCUGUUGGACUCUGGUAUGUACCAGUGUCUGGCAGAGAACGAACAUGGCGCCAUCUAUGCCAGCGCCGAACUCAAAGUUGUAGCCUCUUCACCCGACUUCUCCAGCAGUCCUGUGAAGAAGUCCAUGCUGAUCCAGAGAGGGGGGGAGGUGAUCAUGGAGUGCCGUCCCCAUGCGUCCCCAAGGGCCUCCAUCUCCUGGCGGAGAGGGGGAGAGUUUCUGAAGGACAGCACAAGACGGACCAUCAUGGGGGAUGGAACUCUCCGUAUCAGCAACAUCAGCGAAUCAGAUGGAGGGAGGUACACCUGUGUGGCCAGGAACCCCUUUGGGACAUCAAGCAGUACUGGUACUCUGGUGGUGAAAGAGCCAACCAAGAUAACAGUUCCACCGCUGAGUGUGGAUGCCACUGUGGGAGAGAGCAUCGUGUUGCCAUGUGAAGUGUCUGGAGACUCCUCCCUGGAUCCCACCUUUAAGUGGUUCUUCAACGGCAAACUCAUCGAUUUCAACAGACAGGACCACUUUGAGAUGAUAGGAGUGGGAUCGGCUGGUGAUCUGAUGGUCAGGAAUAUUCAGCUAAAGCAUUCUGGGAAGUAUGUGUGCAUGGUACACACUGUGGUGGACAGUGUCUCAGCAGCAGCCCACCUGAUUGUUAGAGGGCCUCCCGGUGCCCCAGAGGGCCUUAUUGUGGGGGAAAUCACUGACUCCACUGCCCAGCUCUCCUGGGAGUCUGGGCCUGACCACCACAGCCCUGUCACCACAUACAGCAUCCAGGCCAGGACCCCCUUCUCCAUAGGCUGGCAGGCCGUCAGGACAGUUCCUGAUUCUGUGCCUGGACAGAUGUUUCAUGCAACGGUGAUAGAUUUGAACCCCUGGGUGGAUUACGAAUUCAGGGUGGUGGCUAGCAACAAUGUGGGUGUUGGAGAGCCCAGCAUCCAAUCCAAGCAGAUUCGAACAAAAGCGGCAGUUCCUGAAGUAGCACCAGGUAAUGUGAGUGGAGGAGGAGGAAGGCGGGGAGAACUGGUUAUCCAAUGGGAGCCAAUACCAGAGGAGCUACAGAGUGGAGAGGAAUUUGGAUACGUUGUGGCUUUUCGUCCUCUUGGUACAAGCACAUGGAAGCAGACUGUGCUGGCUUCACCUGAUGCAUCGAGAUACACCUUCAGGAACGACAGCGUCCCUCCCCUCUCCCAAUUUGAGGUGAAAGUUGGAGUCUACAACAACAAAGGAGAAGGCCCGUCUAGCCAUGUGGUUGUAGUGUAUUCCGCAGAGGAAGAGCCCUCUGAACCCCCGUCCAGAGUGUGGACCCGGACGCUGUCAGCCUCUGAAAUCGAGGUGUACUGGGAACCCAUUACCAAGACAGCCAGCAGUUGGAAGAUCAUUGGAUAUGAGGUCCUUUGUUGGGAGGAGGGGAUGCAGGAGAGUGAUGCUGAGAUGGUGAGGGUCACAGACACUGCAGCCCUUCUCUCUGGGCUCAAGGGCAGUACUGUGUAUCUGAUCUCAGUCAGGGCCCAGAACAGCGCUGGAGCAGGGCCUUCUAGCCCCGCAGUCAACGUCACCACCAAGAAACCACCACCAAGUCAACCUCCAGGGAAUAUUGAGUGGAACUUGACAGACUCCAAGAUCUUUUUGAGUUGGGAACAUGUCAAGGCAAUGGGAAAUGAGUCUGAGGUGACAGGAUACAAAGUGCUGUACCGUCAGAACUGGCUUGGGAAGACCAGCGUUGUGGAGACCAACAGGACCAGCAUGGCACUGCAGGUCCCCUCUGGUGAAGACUACCUCAUUGAGAUCAAAGCCCUGAGUGAUGGAGGGGAUGGCAGCAGCAGUGGCCCCAUCAGGAUACCAAAGAUGUCCAGUCUUAACUCAAACGGCCAUUUCAGCUCAGCUCCAUGCAAGAUUUGUGCAGUUGUGUUUUUUAUACUUUCAAAGUUGACUUUAUAAGACUUAAACAUGUAUUGCCUUUAAUGAACUCUAGCUUUCAGAGUCAAGUACUCAGCAAAGGAUGUGUUUUACGUGUACUUUUCACUUCUCAAGAAUGUGAAAUCAACAGCUAACUAUUUAGAGUAUUCAACGCAGCUGCAUUGCCUUACUGUAUGCAUUUUUAAAAUUAAUUUGUCAACCAAGCUUUUGAGUGUUUUAUGUCUAGAUUUUAUGCCGAAAGGAUAGGCUUUUACAUAUGAGAAGAUUGUCAAUCCUUAGAACAAUCUACAUGAGAUAUUUAUAUGGCGGAAAUAUGAAAGUAAUCAAAUGAAAGCGCAAACAUACCCCUUAAUGAUGUUUGUUAUGUCCCUCAGUAAUUACAAAUCAAAAUGUUUAGUUCCCCAUGGCUGUGUCGAGCUUCUGUUUAGAAUGACAUGAUGUCCUUUUCUAAUGGUAGAGAUACAGUACCUUGCCUAUGUGUGCCUCAUCCCUGUGUUUUGUUGUGACCUGUUUGUUAUUGUAAAUGUUCUGUAAGAAUGAGUCAACUGUGGAAACGACCAUGGUUCACUCCGAGGUUGUCCUUUAAUUCCUUAAUGAAGCACAGUGACAGUAUGAUCUGUCUGGUGGCCAUCAACAUUCCGCAGAUUCCGUGAAAGAAAAUUCACAUAUGCUAUCGUCAACAUUUAACAGUAUCAAAGGGCGGCGCACAAUUGGCCCAGCGUAGCCCGGGUCAGGGGAGGGUUUGGCCGGGGUAGGCCGUCAUUGUAAAUAAGAAUUUGUUCUUAACUGACUUGACUAGUUAAAUAAAGGUUAAAUAAAAAUAUGACCACCACAGACAUCUUGGAUCAAUAUGCAGAACUAUACAGAAAAACAUGUUCAUGUGCAUUGAUACAGUACCUGGGGAAGAUUUUCUCAAACAUUUUCGAUUAAUUCAACUCUUUCUCCAUGGUUCUUAAUCAAGAUAGUUCAAGUUGUGGCUGAGUUGUGCUUGAUAGGUGUUGCAUAACUGUUUUAAUACUAUUGUAUUAACAAACCAAAUGUAUCUCUGUGAGAUGUAAUUGAAAAUGAAUAAAAUGUU